AUGUUCACUGUUAUGAAUUUGACCAUUUUUUUUUCCCUGCCUAUCUAUCUAUCUAUCUAUCUAUCUAUCUAUCUAUCUAAUAAUUUUAAUCUCAUCUAUCUAUCUAUCUAUCUAUCUAUCUAUCUCAUUCUGUUCUUAUCUAUCUAUCUAUCUAUCUAUCUAUCUAUCUAUCUAUCUAUCUCAUUCUGUUCUUAUCUAUCUAUCUAUCUAUCUAUCUAUCUAUCUCAUUCUGUUCUUAUCUAUCUAUCUAUUAAUCUCAUUCUGUUCUUAUCUAUCUAUCUAUCUAUCUAUCUAUCUAUCUAUCGCAGCCACCACUUCAGUUUUUCAUAUCUAUCUAUCUAUCUAUCUAUCUAUCUAUCUAUCUAUCUAUCUAUCUAUCUAUCCCUCUCUCUCUCUCGCCCCCCCUCUCUCUCUCUCUAUCUAUCUAUCUAUCUAUCUAUCUAUCUAUCUAUCUAUCUAUCUAUCUAUCUAUCUGACAUAUCUUUUUUGCUAUCCGUCGCACAUAACACUAUCUCUCUGUCUCUCUUUCUUUCUAUCUAUCUAUCUAUCUAUCUAUCUAUCUAUCUAUCUAUCUAUCUAUUAGAUUAUUUCCCAGAACUUCAACGGUUAAUCGUUUUCUCUCCUACCUGUACCAUCUUAAAACAACCUCCUCAUAAUCUUUUCAUAUCUAUCUAUCUAUCUAUCUAUCUAUCUAUCUAUCUAUCUAUCUAUCUAUCUGUUUGCCUUGUCUCUCUCUAUCUAUUAUCGUUCUUAGCGUUUGGCUUUUUCUCCCUCUUCUUUUUUAUUUCUUUCUUUCAUUUUUUUUAUUUCCAUCUUCUCAUAUUCUCCUCGCAACCUUUCCAUUCCCUUUUACUUAUCCUUUUCUCUUCCCAACAUAUCACAUCUUGCGGCUUCAUUGCGAAAAUUACAUUUUCUCCCGUCCUGUCUCUUUCGCGCACGUGCUCUCUCUUUCUCUCUCUCUCUCUCUCUCUCUCACACACACACACAGAGACGCGCGUAUAUAAGAGAAAUAAAAUACUGAGCCACUAUGUUAUUUGUUUCUUUCUAUCUAUCUAUCUAUCUAUCUAUCUAUCUAUCUAUCUUUUCAAGCCGCGGAUGUUGCCUGAUAAGAGAACAUACGAAAAAUAUUUUUUAAUUUAUUUCAUGUAA